AUGGUUAAUUUUGAGAUUUCCCAACCCAUUUCUGUCCCUGAGCAAACCAACGUUGUAUCAAGCAUUGUAUCUGGAUACACCUCUGAAGAAAACACAGCCACAAUUGAUAACCAAACUGUGGAUGCCUUCAAUAAUGGUGACAAUGAUAAUGAUCAGCCCAUGUAUGAUGCCAAUCUUGAUUAUGCCAUGGAUGACGUCCACGUCGAAACCUCUCCUCUGAUAUUUGAUUUCAGUCAACCUACUCCCAUUCUUAACAAUGACAACACAAAAAAUCUUGAGUUCAUUAAGAUAAUCAAGGAUUUUGGAAUUUCGCAUGAAGUACAUGAAAUGAUUGCUUGUCAUUUCAACAAGAUUCUAGAGACAUUUAAUGACAUAACAUACAGAGCAUGCUCUUCAUAUCUUGGAGAUAAACGUUUUGAGAGAUUUUCUUCUGUAAAAGGAGAUAAGUAUGACAUCUGCCAUAAUGAUUGUAAACUUUACAAUGACAGUCAUGAGACAGUGUGUCUUAAUUGUGGUGAGGCACAUUAUAAAAACAAUGCCAAAGACAAAGACGGAUUGUCAAUCCCUGUCAAAACAAUGAUUCAGAUCCCUUUGGCUAGACAGCUUGCUCUCUGUUUGGCCAAUGACACUACAAGAAAUGAGAUGAUGUAUCGUCAUAACCAUCAGUCCAGUCAAAAUGGAAGCAAAUCUGAUAUCUUUGAUGGCCAAGCUUAUGAAUUGAUCAAGCAUCUUUUUUCUGAUGAGAAUGAUAUCACCAUUUCGUUGUCAGUUGAUUGCUUUGCUCCACACAAGGUUUCUGGUUUGGUGACUAUUUUACAUGCCACCAUGCUCAACCUUCCUCCAAUGAUCCGUUACAAGUGCAAGCAAAUGAUUCAGAUCACAAUGAUCCCUGCCACAACUGUACCUGCCAACUUCUGA